GCUAACUCUUGCUCAGCACUUCCCUUCAAGCAAUCGUCUUGUCGAUAUUUCCAAUCUCUCUCUCUCUCUCUCUCUCUCUCUCUCUCGUCUGCACUGGAAACUCUUGCAAUCGAAGCUGCCAAAUCCUCCAUCAUUUCGAUCCCUUGCAAAAAUUAUAUUUCUUUCUCUACUUGGGGUUUUAGUUUGAAUUUUGAAUCCUUGUUCUCUGUUCAUUUCGUUACGUUUCUGCGAAAUUGGAUUGCGAAACUUUCCGAAAUCCAGUUCGAAGGGAAGGUAGCGGAUUUCGCUAACAUUGAUUUUUUCAAUUCUUUGAUUUUUUUUGUUUUGUGUUGUUGGGUUUAGGGUCCGAUAAAAUUCUUGUACCAAGAAUGCAUUCAAGAACCCCACUUCAAGAACUACUUCUUCAAAGAAGAAACACCCAAGACGAUCUUGAUAGGUUCAUACCAAAUAGGUCAGCGAUGGACUUUGACUAUGCACACUACAUGUUGACAGAAGGGAGAAAAGGGAUAGAGAAACCGGAUAUUAUCGGUUCUCCGUCAAGAGAAGCUUAUCAGAAGCGGUUAGCUGAGGCCCUGAAUAUGAACCGAACCAGAAUCUUGGCAUUCAAGAACAAGCCACCCACGUCGGAUGGUGAUGGUAUGAUCCACCGGGAAAUGGGUUCCCCUCAUCAGUCCAAAUCUACCAAGAAAAGGCGGCACAUUAGUCAGACUUCUGAGAGGACACUUGAUGCCCCUGAAAUUUUGGAUGAUUUUUAUUUGAAUUUACUUGAUUGGGGAUGUAACAACGUGCUUGCAAUUGCCCUAAAUGACAAAGUAUAUCUGUGGGAUGCUUCAAAUGGUUCUGCCUCAGAACUUGUCACUGUUAGCUAUGAAGAUGGUCCUAUUACAAGUGUCAGCUGGGCACCUGAUGGGCGGCACAUUGCAAUUGGCCUGAAUAAUUCUCAUGUUCAACUGUGGGAUUGUCAAGUUAAGAGACAGCUAAGAACAUUGAGAGGUGGUCAUCAUCAUGAGACAAGAGUGAAUACAUUAGCUUGGAACAAUCACAUUCUUACAACUGGAGGAAUGGAUGCUAAAGUUAUUAACAAUGAUGUGAGGGUACGAGAACACACUGUUGCAUGCUACAUGGGACAUCAGUUGGAGGUUUGUGGCCUGAAAUGGUCUUCCUCAGGCAAGCAGUUGGCUAGUGGAGGCAAUGACAACCUGCUUUUUAUCUGGGACAGAUUCAUGGCUCCUUCAAAUUCCAGAACUCAGUGGCUACACAGGCUUGAUGACCACACAGCUGCGGUGAAAGCCAUUGCUUGGUGCCCAUUUCAGGGAAAUUUGUUAGCCUCAGGAGGUGGUGGGAGUGAUCAAUGCAUUAGAUUUUGGAACACGCAUACCGGUGUUUGCUUGAAUUCAGUUGACACUGGUUCACAGGUCUGUGCUCUUUUGUGGAAUAAGCAUGAGCGUGAACUUCUUAGCAGUCAUGGUUUUACAGAUAAUCAGCUCAUUUUAUGGAAAUAUCCAUCCAUGAGAAAGAUGGCAGAACUCCUUGGCCACACAUCAAGAGCACUUUACAUGGCUGAGAGUCCAGAUGGAUGCACUGUGGCAACUGCAGCAGGGGAUGAGACUCUGCGGCUGUGGAAUGUGUUUGGGACUCCUGAAGUGGCUAAGCCUGCAGUGAAACUGAAGCCUGAGCCAUUCGCUAAUGUAUGUCGUAUUCGUUGAGCAUAUGAAAAAUAAUAGAAGAGGUUUCCACCUCUCCAUUAAUUAAGGUAUAGAUAAAGAUAUUUUGUGUAAAGAAGCAGCUUAUAAGAUUUGUUAGCCUGUGUGAAAAUUUUGUCUUUAGGGAGAGUGAUUUUCAAUUUGGAUGUGGAAAGCAAUUUUUCCCUGUAAAAAUCUCAUAGUAACCAUAUAUUGUAACUAUUAUGUAGUUAUGGAAUCAACCAAUUUAUGCUUUGUGAUU